CGGGGCUAGAUUUCCUUGUGGCGGAGAAAUCUGAUGUGUAGGCAACAUGAAUCGGGCGAUUGCGGGGCGCAGAUUAAUUUUAGCACGUUAACAGAAUUCUUUCGGACUGAUUACCUACUUCGAGUAGAUAAACGAAUGCAAAUAAAAUAGCACUUUUUCCUCCCGUGCUCCAGGAAGAAGUGCUUUGGAUCCGACUUCCCAAAAUCACUACUUUGUUUCUCUUACGGACGGUUUGUGUUACCUAAAACUAGCCGCGUCUUAAGAGAGUUACGCAUCCUCCGUACGUUACGUGAAGUUUGGAGAAGCGAGGCCCGAUCUCUUGACCCGUGGAGUACUCUUGAGUCUCUCGGAUGGAUGGAUGGGUAUGGGGAAAGCAGGAUCUUACUACCCCGGGGCUGAGCGCCUCAUCUCUCCGGUACUACAUCUACUAGUGCUGUGCACGCUCUCCUCUCUCACUCGCAUAGGUGAGAGCCAGGUCCAGACUCCACAGUGCCGUAUCCAGAAGUGCACCACUGACUUCGUCUCUCUCACUUCCCAUCUGAACCCUUCACUGGAUGGCUUUGAUACUGAGUUCUGCAAGGCGCUGCGAGCCUAUUCCGCCUGCACACAGCGCACAUCCAAAAGCUGCAGGGGAAACCUGGUCUUCCACUCUGCCAUGCUGGGCAUCACUGAUCUCAUGAGCCAGAGGAACUGCUCCAAGGACGGGCCCACGUCGUCUACCCAUCCUGUCAUCCCUAUUGAGCCAUGCAACUAUCACAGCCGUCAUCACCAAGCAUUGCGGCCCGGGACAGGGACUGGGGCUCCAGAACACCCACGGCCAACCUACCUGUUCUGUGGCCUGUUUGGGGACCCUCAUCUUAGGACUUUCAAAGACCAUUUUCAGACCUGUAAGGUUGAAGGGGCAUGGCCCCUCAUCGAUAACAAUUACCUGUCAGUGCAGGUAACAAAUGUUCCAGUGGUAUACGGAUCCAGUGCCACAGCAACCAAUAAGAUCACAAUAAUCUUCAAACCAUACCAAGAAUGCACAGACCAGAAGGUCUACCAGGCCGUAACAGACGACCUUCCAGCCGCUUUUGUGGACGGCACCAUCAGCGGGGGCGACAGCGAGACCCGCAGCAUCUGGAUCCUUGAGAAGUCGGCAGGUCGUCACGUAGAGAUCCACGCCGCGUACAUCGGCGUCACCAUCAUCGUACGCCAGCAGGGCCAUUACCUGACGUUAGCCGUGCGCAUGCCGGAAGAGCUCGCCAUGGCCUUCGAUGAAACGCAGGACCUGCAGCUUUGCAUGAACGGUUGCCCCACGUCAGAACGCAUCGACCAAGAGGGACAUCUUCAGCUGCCCAUGCUGGGCCUCCAACAGGCCAGCUUUCAGCAGCAAGCGAGGGUCGAAGCCCAAAGAGGGGUGUUCACCCUCGAAAGCGCCUCCAGGAAGUGCAGAGAGCAACUGGAGGUUAAGGACAUCUAUUUCCACUCCUGCGUGUUUGACCUGCUCACCACAGGAGAUGCGAACUUCACCACUGCCGCCUACAAUGCCCUGAAGGACAUGGAGACUCUGCACCCCAAGAGGGAGCACUGGCAUAUUUUUCCUAAUUCAGCCACGGGGCUGAGGCCAUUUUCGUUGCUCCUAAACGCACUGCUAACCGGCUUCCUCAUCACUGUGCUUUUAUAAUGCGUACAGUGUUUUGAUAACUGUUUCGAAGAAGAAAAAAGACAAAACGAGACUGUAAAAAGUCAGUACUCUGGGUAAAGAGUACUUUGUAUAUACUAUCUGUGCGGAGAAUGAAUGUUAGAAUACGAACCUUCAUUAGACUGUACAUUUUGUGUAAAUCAUGUUUUCGAGAGAGCUGAAUAUUGUAGAUUUUUGUGAGUGAAUUUUUCGAGAUUUCAUGUUUUUUGUCCUCAGGAGAGGAAAUCUUAAUGGAAGCACUUUAUUUUUAUUUUAUCUUUUUGUUUGUUGCAAAUAGAAAACUAUGGAAGCCCUUUUCAGCCACUAAUUAACAAAUAAAAAAAGCUAAUUGCGACUUUUUGUCAGAAUUGUGAGAUGUAAACUGAUACAACACUCAAAAAAAAGACUGAUAUUCUAAGAACUUAUCACUUUUUGCC